GCCUUGUAGGGUAGGAUCGAAUUAACUUGAAUUCAGAUCUUAACUCACUUCUAUUGACAGUUUGGAUUUGCUAUCCUUCAAGAUUCACAAUAUCUCACUGGUAUCCGUAUCUUUGGACAAAGUCGAUCUCUGCUCACUCUUUCACCAUGGCUUCAGAUGAGGCAAACGACAGGAAUGAAUGGCCCAUAACUCCAGAUAUUCUCGGAAUUGAAACUGCAACGAUUUGCAACGGUGGAGUCAAGGAACAAGAAAUCACUUUUCACACCCGGCCAUUGACUCGAAUUUCUCCCAAAUUUGCUCAAUUCUGUCGCCGGAAGAAGCAAGUUGAUGGUCGGUUUACUCUCACAUGCGCUCAGAAUAAAUACGAUGCUUUCACUUGUAUUGCUCUUUAUGCCUACCAUGGAAAAAUACCAAAUGCACCGAAGGAGAUCGAUCCAAUCUACACCCAGCGUUUAAGAUGGAUAUAUUAUGUGGCUGAGGAGUUUUCACUCAAUGAUUUAAUGAACAAGACAAUUGAUGCUCUACGAGUUUAUGAUUUCAAGCACAAGCAGGAGAUUCAUGUCCACACGGAAGAAAUAUAUCACAAUACUUCCAAAGGAAGCUUACUGAGAUGGUAUUCUGCCGCAUCAGCAGCCUGGUCGUGGGGACGGGAAACGGGACCUGCAACUGCAUCACAGAGGGAUAAUCGCAAGAAGUUUAUUUCUUCUGGUAGGAGUAAUGCAGAUAUCUUUGCGGAUUUUCAUCUGGUCGAUCUUUUCCAUCGGGAUUAUAUUAGAGGUUUUGAUACGGAUUGGAGAGAUGUUCAUGAUUCUGGUCUGCCAGUUUGCGCAUUUCAUUGCCAUUCACCAGGAGAAACUUGUCAUCGUACGGGAAUCACGGAGCCAGCAGAAGUGCCAGAGCAUAUUUCAAAGAGCUUUGAUGGGGUUGAAGAUGCUGUGCUUUUGAAUCGAUCACAGAUUAUUGAUACACCUUCCGAUCAUGAUGUACGCUCGAGUGCAGGACAAAGUACCCCGUCGAGGUCUUCAGAACCAGAUAUUCUCCAGGUAGAAGAUGAGAAUGUUAGGUCUGGGAAUGGAAGAAACAAGACUCCGGGGGCUAUUCGUGAAGCUGUUCAUCCAGUUGUGGAUGAAGUAAUCAACGGGGACCAAGAGAUGAGGGCACCCCAAGGAAUCACAAUGGAGACUCCCAUCACAGAAGAAAUUUCGAAGCAAUCUUCAACGGUUCCACUAGCUCCUAUCAGAAACCCACCCUCAACUAGAGUUAUUCCUCAAGAAAGCAAAAAGAUUGAUCGAUCGCAGAAGCAUGGUUCAGCAAAUAUCAAAAAUGAAGCACCAAGUGAGGAUCUUUAUGGGGCUUCUGAUAUCGAAAUGGAUCUUGAAGCAUCAAAAAAUUCCAUCAAACCAGGACAGAAAGCUAUAGAUUCCAAUACUUAUGAUGAGGAACUAGCGAAUGCAUGGGGAGUACCAUUGUCGUCAUUCCCUCCACAAAAGACUCGGAUUGUCCCUGGUACAGUUAUCACGAAUAAGCUUGGAAAUAUCAAACGUUCUCAAGCUAUACGUGAUGUUCUCGAUAUCCGCGAUAGUCCUUCCAUUGAUAAAGAUGACAGCCCGAUAAAAUCUCCAAAGAAAGUCAUAAAGAAAAGAAAAGCUGCUGUCGCUGAAGAUGAUACUAACCACAACGGUGACGCUGUCAUGACUAAGAAACCAAAGACCGCCAACUCAAGCCUUAAGUCUAUCAUCAAAAAUCCUGUAUCGCAAAAAGCAAAUGGAAAGAAGCCAUCCAAAAUUCAAGAUUCCGAGUCUGACUCUUCGGAAGAAGAUACUUCAGAACGAAGUUCAGGAAUUAGUUCGGAAAUUAGUUCCAGUGAUGAAGACGAUGAGAUAAUGAAUGGUUGGUCAACUGAUGAAGGUUCAGACUCUUAUGACGAACGAUCUAUCUCCCAACCUGUUUCCCAAGUUGAGAUAAACCAAGAGUCUGAUUCAAGCGAUAGUGAGAGCGAUAGUGAAUCCGAGGAACAAGAUCCAGAGCCAUCCCUUAUUAAUUCUGGAGUCCACUCUCACACGCCUUCGAAAGCCACCUCUUCAUCAAUUCUUGUACAAUCUCAACCCUCAUUCAGUCAACCAAGUACUUCAAAUUCACGAAACAUACCUGGCGUAGCACCAUUACGACCUGGGUAUUGCCUGAUCUAUAAUUACAAAGGACGUUGCAACAAAGCCUGUGGACUCCAACACUUGUGUCUGAAAUGCGAUCUUCAACACUCUUCUCUCCAUCAUCAUCAAUACCAGCCAAACUUUCGAGCUUUGAAUAAUGAUCCUUCCAUUGAAACCUGCCCGGACUGGAAUGCUGGUCGAUGCGCCGUCAGAGUCACAAAAUGUACUUUACGACAUAUCUGCUCUAUAUGUAACGGAGGCCAUCGAAGCAUUUAUCACGAGCACGAAGAUACCUUUCCCAAGAAUGAUAAACGUACUGAUCGUACAGUAGGAGAAUCCACCCACUUCCGUCGAGAAGGUCGUCUUGAUCAUCAUCACUCACAAGCAAAUUCUCCCCACAUCUCAGACAAUUGGGCUGAAGAUCUUCAUUCCUCGUCUCGUCGCCAACAACAUCAUAUUGGAGAGGUAGAACAACAAGAUCCUGCAACCGAAUUAAGAUUUGCCUCGUGUCAAAUGUGGCAACGGGGUACGUGUAUCAGAAAGAGAACGAAAUGUCAAUUAUCACAUAUUUGCGAAAGAUGUGGACAGUUGACUCACAGGACUGCGAAGCAUGAUACUUAUAUGAGUAAGACUGCUCCGCGGGCCUGAUGGGUUUUCUGAUGACUGGUUGAUUGGAUUGGGUUGUUUUGCUGGUUGACGUAUCUGGGUAGUUUGGCGUGGCGAGGCGAGGCGAGGCGAGUUUUGAGUAGGAGGGGUUUUAUUGGGAAACUUUUACUUGCUGUUUUUUAGCUGCUGUUGUCUUUCUGAGAUAAUUAGGCAGUCUCAUGCAUGCAUUAUUUACAUUUCGAACAGAAAGGGAUGGAUGGAUAGGUGGAUGGAUAUGGAAAAGUUACCCAGGCACAUAUCGCGCGCGGUAUGCAAAACCCAAUAUUCAGCAUCUAAUUUGCUUUUGAUUUUCAUUCCCUUGAUUCUCUUCUCCUUUCUUAUAUCUCAAAGUCCGAGAAUACUCAAAAUAUAGAUACUCAAGAUACCCCGCACCGCAGGCAAUGCGAAAAUAUGAUUAAGACUCCA